GGAGAGGUAGAGGGCGCAUCACAUCCAUGCGCCAACAUCGUUUUCACAGACUUUAAAAACGUAAAACUUUUCUUAAAAUGUCGAAUAAGCUUUUCGUGUCUGAGAGAUCCAGGAAGUAGUUCUUGGGCACUCUCGUUAGGAUAAACCUCUGUACGGAAAAUGUCAUCUUUGGGUAGCAUGGCUACUCAGGUUAAUAAUGGCAACUAAUGGUGGACAACGCUUUAACUUCUGCAACAAUUGUGGUACGGCCAACGUCAAGGUAGAUGUCAACACUGCCUCGAUUAUCAGUGAAGGCAAGCAAGAACCUGUGCCAGUCGAAAUGAACAUUGGUAACAAAGCAAAGAAGAUAACAGCUGAUAUCAAGGUGAACAAAUCUGAUGGUAACCCUCAGCAGCUGCCCCAGCAGGGUCCACAAGUCACCGGGGAGUCAAGACAGUGUUCUGAAGAUACACAGGCUCGGCAAGCUGUCUCCGAAGCGUCUGACAAUGAUGACAAAUACAUCAGCUGCCAGAGGAAACCAACCAAUCCAUAUCAUGAAACAUCUCCCAAGACGACAGUUUAAAGAGAACAGCGAUACAGGAUUUCUCCUUGUUCGUAUUCUCACAACAGAUUCCAGAUAUUUUGUGUUUAGGAAGUCGCAUUGUAUGUGGCCACAGCAGAAAGAAAUGGCCCUAUGUUCAGAAACAUAUUUUUAAGUAAUUUGUGCCAGUCAUUCAUAAGAGCUGUUUUUACAUCGGCAUUGAAAAACAAUAGUUCAAAUCACCAUAAUAAACUUAGCUUUGGAAUAUAAAGUGGAGAAAAAAAAACCAACAAAUAUGAAAUGUGAUAUGAAUAUUUGUACACAUAAUAUAAAACCACUAGUGUGUAUGUGUUUGCAUGCAUGCAGACCUAAGUGUGUACUUCUACUAGUUUGUCAAUGUCAUUGUGGAAUAUUCAAGUAUAGAAAGUAACAAUUAUAUCCAACUUACUGAAUGUCACAGACAUAAUAAUGAGUAGUGAUAAUAUUGAAGUUGUUCUCAUAAAAAAUCUACUUUAUCUCUUUGCUUGACAGAUGGAUCAUGUUAUUAAACUUCCAAGUUUUCCAAACAUAAUAAAUCAAUAUUGCUUACAAAAUAUUUACAAUGGUGAGAAAAGCCACUAUUUAAACAGAGUAAAAAUAAAAAUAAUCCAAGUUUAUAAAGAUCAUCAGUGUUCCCUCAUCAAUGAAUGUACACCCAUAUUUUAUUUCUUAAAUAACUUCCAAAUGAACACAAUUACUCAUUGAUUCUAACAGUUUUUAUAUUUGAAUAUACCUUCCGUCCUACAGCAGUCAAGAAUUCAACAGAUGUAAAUUCUUCUGUUUGUUUUAAUCCUAAUAUUUUUUAUUCUCCUAUUUUCACUGAAUGUCAAUCUCAUAUUUACAUAUAUAAAACCAUUUAUUUAGUGAUAAAUACAAUUAAAUGUACUGUACUGCAUUAUUUUUAAUGAAUACUAUUCAUUUUUUAACCUUUCUCUUUGCAUACUGCUAGUGGCUAUUUUGUAGCACAUGUAUUAGUCAUUUUGACUUGGCAUAAUAAAUAAUUCUACUAUAUGGCA